CUUUGCGAAGCGCCCCAAAAGGCUCCAAGCUUCCACUCUCAGCCAUUUCUCUUCUCAGCUCACAAAGAGCAGGGACUGAGCAAACGGUCGCCACCAGCAGCCAGAUGCUGGGGCGCUGCUUCUGGCACCCGGCGAGGGAAAGCAGGCCAAUGGCAAGAGGGCAGAGGUUCACACCCCCACCCCCAAACCUCUCAGCCCCUCAGUGCCCGGAGGUGGCUCCACUGCCGAGGGAAUCGACGCCCCCAAGCCGGCUGCCUGCUCCCCUACGGCCCGGCCCCACCCCCAAUCCUUCCGGCGCCCCAGCGCCCACCCACCCGGGCGCGGGAGUGGGAGGGUGCCGCGUGGGCAGCCGGAGCAACAGGCGUGGGAGCAGCGCUCCUCGCACUUGCUUGCUCCGGAAGGCUCGGUCUCAUCCCUCUUACCUUCGCCGAAGCCAGCCCCAGGCCCCGCGCCCCGCGCGCGCGACGAAGCUGCGGCCGGGGGCCGCCGAGGCGCAGAGCGCCCAGCAGCGCGGGGAAGCGCCUAGCAGCCACCGCUCGGGCGGCUCCUCCUCGCCGGCGAAGUCGCUCGUCCCUCCCUCACUCGGCAAGAUGUGAAUCACACCCUUGGAAAGUCACCUCUUUGGGAACAGCCGGGACACAGCCAAUUGCAAUGCCCCUGUUUCUUUGCAGCCAUGACUAUGAAGACAAAUGUGGCUUAAAGACACCAGGACUGAAGGAUGCUGGGUUUGAAGUUUAACCUUAUGUGAGAACCACAUCAACCGAUCCAGGACAGUGGAGGCUUAGUGCAGGAGAGCACAGUCUCUGGAUAGACCUGGCUCCAAUGUUUGACUUUCAUUUACUGGCUGUCUGACUUCAGGCAAACCACUUGACUUCUUUGAUGAGUAUUUCCCUCAUUUGCAAAACUGGGUACUAAUGAUGGUAUCAUAUCAUAGGACUCAUAAGGAUGGUGUCAGGCUCUGUGGAAACAUGUCUCACAUGCAAUUAUAAAUAAAAAUGU